CAGAGAUUGGUUGCGCAGAGGUUCUGUUAAAUGCCUCUCCAGCUGCGAUGCCUUCCCCCUCACUACAUAGCUCUGCCAUCCUACACCCCUACAAGCCGGGACCGGACUUUUCUUUUUCUUUCAAUUUUGUCUUUUACUUUUAAAACCUUUUUACUUUUUAAUUUGGACAAUGUUUUGGUCCUUCUUGUUGUGCGUGGCCGCAGCGUCUUUGCAGGCUGAGGCGCAGAUCUCCAGUCGCUAUGUUGUCGGAUGCCCCUCUGUGUGUGACAAAUCGAUGUGUCCCCGUCUGCCAGCGGACUGCCCGGCGGGGCAAUCCCUCGACGUCUGCCAGUGCUGCACGGUGUGUGCGUCCGGCGAGGGGGAAGCCUGCGGCGGCGGGGGGAAACUCGGGGACCCGAUGUGCGGAGAGGGGCUAGAGUGCUCCGUCUCCGGCGGGGUGGCGUACAGUGUCACGGUAAGGAAGAGAAGCAAGAGCGGGCUCUGCGUGUGCAAAUCCACGGAGCCGGUCUGCGGGAGCGACGGGGUGUCUUACCGGAGUAUCUGCGAGCUGAAGAGGGUGAGCCGAAGGGCGCAGAAGCUGCAGCAGCCACCUGUUCUCUUCAUUCAGCGGGGAGCCUGCGGGAAAGCUCAGGACAAUCCAGACAGCCCGAGGCACAAAUACAACUUCAUCGCUGACGUGGUGGAGAAAAUCGCUCCCUCUGUGGUUCACAUUGAACUUUUCCGCAAGAUGACUUAUUCCAAGCGGGAGGUGGCUGUGGCCAGUGGCUCCGGCUUUGUCGUGUCAGAAGACGGCCAGAUUGUGACCAAUGCGCACGUUGUGGCCAAUAAACACAGGGUCAAAGUGGAGCUAAAGAGCGGUGCCUCCUACGAUGCCAAAAUCAAAGACGUCGACGAGAAGUCAGACAUAGCCCUCAUCAAGAUUGAUGUACCGACUAAACUUCCUGUACUAUUGUUAGGUCAUUCGUCUGACCUGAGGCCGGGGGAGUUUGUAGUUGCCAUCGGCAGCCCGUUUUCCCUGCAGAACACAGUCACUACAGGAAUUGUCAGCACCACUCAGCGUGGGGGCAGAGAGCUUGGUCUUCGUAACUCUGACAUGGACUACAUUCAAACGGAUGCCAUUAUCAACGUAAAUAUAAAAAGACAUUUUUUUUUUUUUUUAAUGUUUUCCCUCAUAUACAAAGAAAAUUACAAAGUUGUUACUUUUUGUUCACAGUAUGGUAAUUCUGGAGGUCCUCUGGUAAAUCUGGACGGCGAAGUGAUUGGGAUCAACACGCUAAAAGUGACAGCUGGCAUUUCCUUCGCCAUUCCAUCAGACAAGAUUCGACAGUUUUUGGCAGAGUCAUAUGACAGGCAGUCCAGAGGGAGAGCAGAUGCCAAAAAGAAAUAUAUUGGAGUGAGGAUGAUGACUCUUACGCCAGCGUUAGCCAAGGAACUCAAAACUCGACAUCGUGACUUCCCUGACAUCACCUCAGGAGCCUAUGUGAUGGAGGUCAUUGCAAAAACGCCGGCAGCAAUUGGCGGGGUCAAAGAGCAUGAUGUCAUCAUCUCCAUCAACGGCCAUAGGAUUUCAACAGCGACUGAUGUCAGCAAUGCCAUCAAGAGUGAUGACACCUUGAAAGUUGUUGUACGCCGUGGCAACGAGGAUGCCAUCCUCACCGUUGUUCCAGUUGAGAUUGACCCUUGACCCUUUAUAGGACCUGGAGUUAGGUUUAACUUAUCAUCCAGAGGACCAUAUGUAGGAGGGAUCUUCAGCUGACCCAUCCACCUGUGACUAAAGGCCCAGCGGCGCCACGCAUCCAGGGAAACUCCUGGCUUUGCCUUGAAAGGAACGACUGUACAGAAGCUUUUAAAGCAGCGCUGUACUUUGUUUUUCUAUUUGUGUCUUCACUUUUAUCCCUUAAUCCUUUUAUCAAUGCUACUACUGUUUGAUCAGAAACAUAAAACAUUGCUCAUUAUCUUGUUAUUUGUAUUUUUAAUAUGAACUUCAGCUCAGUCAGACCCUCUGCUUUUUUAAGCAACAUAAAAACUCACUGAGCAAAUCUUAUUUGUAUAAUUGUUGUUUUCUAGACUAAUUUUUAAAGUACUGUAGAUGUUUUUGUUAAUUAUCUGACGUAUACUGAGAAGAAAAUAAAGCAUUUACCAACA